AUGGCGAUCUCUGAUUGGCAGCAAGAGUUUUAUAAAGUUUCAUGCGACCCGAAAUCAACCAUUAUUCGGAAGGGAUGGACACCCAGGUUCGGGUGGAUGUUACGUUGCAGAGGAAUUCGAUUCCCCAGAAAAAUUAGAAGAAUAUCCCAACCUCAGAAGAAGAAGAGACGGGUCCAGAAUAUUACGGCACCGACGGAUUCAGUUUCGGAUACGACAAUUUCUGAUGAUUACAAGGUGGCGAGACUUGGUAAAACCACCAGUUUUGAAGGACACAAAGUAGUCGACCAAGAAAUUCAAGUUUAUAGCUUGAAUUCAAACUCUGUGAAGAGACUUCCUCCGCAUGAAUUCACCCAACAUUUUAUUUGGAUCAACGACCGCCCCCCCGAGGAACUAGUUAACAAUGCUCUACAUUGGGUCAUGCUUGACAAACACCAUGAUGACGAUACUAAUUUAAUCACCGCUUUAGACCUUCACACCUUCACACCGAUAAGUAUCGCCCUGUUCCGUUACCUCGAGACCUUCCAAGAAACCGAGAUGGACAUUGGGUGUUUUGGAUGGGUGUUUGACCUUGUUGAACUGGGAAGAAAGAUCUCGGGAAGGCACUGA